AUGGCUUCUGAGGGAGGUGAAAAGGACAUGGUUAUCACUCAAAUUGGCGUUGGUGGGUUUGAAGAUUUUGUCACUGGUUUGGAGAUAAAGCACGACCAUGAGAAACUUAAACCCCAUGCUUUCAUACAUGUUGCCCUUUCUUCUUUAGCAAUGUCUGCAUUGGAUGCUGCUGGCUGUAAUGAGCUUAUUCUGGGCAAGAAUCUAUUGAAGCUGGCUUCGUCUCCCAUUUUUUACUACAGAACUGCAAAUGAUGAUAUUGAAGAACCUGUCCCAUUUGAUUUGUUGGACGCCAAUGAUCCAUGGAUUCGUACUAAUGAUUUUACACCUAGUAGGGACAAUUCGUAG